AUGCGCCGCCGCCUCUGGCUGGGCUUGGCCUGGCUGCUGCUGGCUCGGGCAACGGGUGUCCCGGACGGGUACCCGCAUCUGGAGGGCGACGUGCGCUGGCGACGCCUCUUCUCCUCCACCCACUUCUUCCUGCGAGUGGACCCCGGUGGCCGGGUGGAGGGGACGCGCUGGCGGCAUGGCCAGGACAGCAUUGUUGAGAUCCGCUCUGUCCAUGUGGGCACCGUGGUGAUCAAGGCUGUGUACUCAGGCUUCUACGUGGCCAUGAAUCGCAGAGGCCACCUCUAUGGGUCGCGGGUCUACUCUGUGGACUGUAGGUUCCGAGAACGCAUUGAGGAGAACGGCUACAACACAUACGCCUCACGACGCUGGCGGCACCACGGUCGCCCUAUGUUCCUGGCACUGGACGGCCAGGGCAUUCCCCGGCAAGGUGGACAGACAUGGCGACACCAACUGUCCACACACUUCCUGCCAGUGAUGGUCUCGUCUUGA